CUGAAGCUUAACACAUAAUUAACCAUCGUCACUGUAGACGAAGCUCACUCCAAACGACUCUUCUGCAUCAGCACCUUUCCCUACAGUUCAACCCGGCCCAAAUUGCACUUCAAAUCAUUAUAUUCUAGUAUUUAUAAUAUUCAAGAUCCAUCAUCCGCCAAUCACCCGAUCACAAGCGCAAGAAAUUGUCACGCUCGUCGAAACUUUUCAAACAAUUUCCAGCGUCAAAAAACAACAUCAAUCAAGUACUUGGUACAUUACAUCAUCGCCAUGCCACCAUCAAAAACAUCCAGAGGCAAAGCCCUCCUCUCUUCCUCUGUCAAAUCAAGCAACAGCAAGAACAGCAACGGCACCCCAUCCGCACCACCGCACCCCUUCAAACCGGCCCCUGCGGCCCUCCAGCCCUUCGCCGCGACCCUCCCGCCGGGCCACGUCUACAUCGCGCACGUCGACCCGCGGCCGGCGUCCUUCAAGCGCAACCUCUUCCUGGUGCCCAUCGCGAUCAACCUGGCCGUGAUCGCGCUCUUCGCCUGGCGCGUCGCCAGCGUGGGGCCGUGGUACCUCGCGCUGCUGCUGUCGACGCUCGGGCAGGCCAACGAGACGACGGUGCGCGCGGCCGACCUGGCGUACGGCGAGCUGGUGCGCGUCGUCGUCCGGCGCGCCGCCACCUUCCUGCUGGACUUCGUCCUGGCCGUCUUCGUCUGGCCGUGGCCGUACGAGUUCUUCGUCGGCUCCACCGGCCGGGGCAGUCCCAUCGCCUGGCGGUGGGCGGUCGGGUUCCGCGGGAGGGAGGUGUACGUGCGGCGCAGCAGGGACGGCUGGGACGGCGUGCUGAGGGAGAAAGGGGUGGACCUGUUCGAUCCCGACUCGAAGGAGGCGCGCGAGGGAAGGGAGGCGAUCAUGGCGCGCGUCAGGGCGGCGACGGCGCCCAUGUUCAUGCAGCAGAAGACGGGGUACCUGACCAUGGACGGGGCGUGGGAUCUGGACUGGAAGGGCAUGGUGGAUGCGACGCGGCUGGCGGAUAAGGGCGAGAUCUCGCUCGAGGCGUUCGGCACGGUGGUGCUGCUGCACCAUGCCAAGUUCGGCUGGGUGACUGUGGACCUGGGCAACGGCGCGAGUGCGGAGCAGGAAGAGAGGCGGCGCCAGGUGAUGGCUUUCCGGGACGCCCUCGCCAAGCUUGGGAAGGAGGAUCUGUUCUUUAGGUGGGUGGAGAUGAUCCAGUUCGAGACCACGCAGCCCGGCGGCUUCACGCCGGAGAAGCAGGUCGCGGCAGCGCAGAAGAUUCGGGACAUGUUCAAGUCCAACGGGGUGGAUUUCGACGGGCUCUGGAAGGAGGCGGUUGGUACAGAUGGGCUAGCAGGGAUGCCAUAAAGGUCCCUGUGCUAUUGCAUGUGUAUUUGUACGAGGGUAGUUGUAUGGACCCUAUUAGACUUUGGAUUGGUUUCAAUGGCCGCAUCACCGAGGAACACAGGAAUAGACAAAACGAUCCUGGAAAUCAACUUGGAUACCUAUCCCAAAAGACAGACAGAUAUCAUUUCUUCUUGCCGCCACCUUUCUUGAGGCCAAGAGCUGCCUCGCGCCUCUUGGCUUCCCUCGCCUCAAGCUCCGCCCGCUUCGCCUUGAUCUGGGCUUCCUUCUCCUCCCUCUCGGCCUGGAUGCGGGGUCAGUUGUUGCUA